AUGGCUAAAGGGAAGGGCAAAGGGAAGGGCAAAGGGAAAGGGAAAGGCAAAGCGGUGGUCGUCGAUGAAAACACGCCACUGACCGAACUGACCGAGCAGCAGCUGAUAGAGCGAGUUGCUAAGAUCACAACGGAUCUAACCCGCAUCCAAGAUGAGAAGAAGAGCUUCCAGCUCAUACGGGACCAAGUCAAGGCCUUCUGGGAGAUCUCCAAACAGAAGCUUCAAGAUGUGAAGGACAAGCUACGCGACGGUAGCAUCGUGCGUGAUGAGGCCAAGAUGCUCCACAGGAUGAAGGUGACCAAGUACCAGCAGAAGGUCCGGCACCUGGAGUCCGAGUGCCACACCAAUAUUUCGCAACUGAAACUGGACGGGGCCGGUUUCUCCACCAUCGGCGACAACAAGAAAUUUCAGAUGGAGCAAGGGGCGCUGAAUGUGAUCCGCAGCCUGCAGGUGGACAUCAGUGAGAAGGAGCUCUACAACCAAAACCACAUUGAGCAGCUUAAAUUCGACCAGGCGUCCAAGCUUGUGGACAUCAUGGUCCCGCACGACUGGAGGAAGGUGGAGCUGGAAGCCAAGCACAACGCCAAGAUUCUCCCAAUGUUUGAAACAUCCGAGAAGAAGGUGGAAGCCGAGCUCAACGUCCUGGACACGCAAAUGCAAAUCCGUCUGGAGUCACUGAAGAAAGAGCACGACGGCGCUUUCCGCUAUGCACUAAAGCGAAGCUGGGAGUUCUACCAAGCGCAUAUGGAGGAGAUCUCCCUCCUGGAGAAGCAGCUAACCACCAUCAUGUGCCAGGGCGUGGUGCGGCAGCUGACGUCCAUCCAGAAGCAGCCGGUGUGCCCGCAGGAGAACCUCCAGCAGGACAAGAUGAAACUGCAGGAGCUCCAAAAGCAGCUGGAGAAUCACAACGAGAACAAGGCCCAUCGCGAAGCCAGCAACGCUCGCCUCGCGGUCCUGGAGGACGAGCUAGAGGAGCUUUCCAUGAAGCACAGUAACCUUGUGCAAGAGCUGGAAUCCAAGGAGCUGGAGCACCAGGAACUACUCAAGAGCCAGGCGGCGGGUCUUCUAGAGGUCCAGCACCGCAACGGACUGCGGACGAGACAGCUGAAGCUCAAGCUGCAAGCCGCUACCGAAACUUUGGAGAAGCUUGAAAGGAGCCUCGGCGCAUAA